GCUUUUCCACCUUUCCCUGCUAAUUUACGGUGACAGCCACGAGCAAGUUGUCAGGUUUAAAAUUAUCCAAGUACGGACACAAAACAGCUAUAAAUAUGAAGUGCAGAUAGAUUCUGAAGACAACUCUAACAAUCAACUUUCUUUCCUUUCUCUGCCUCUGUAUUCCUUGUAUGUCUUAUAUUUCCUUCCUUAUUUAGCAUCAAGUUUCAGAUUUCCGGGAUAUCCUUCAACGUCAUGGCACGAGAGACUGGGAAUGUCAGAUAUGAUGAGGAGUUUGUGUCGAAUUCUCGAGGAAUGAAGCUUUUCACAUGCAAAUGGAUUCCCAUGAACCAAGAACCAAAAGCCUUGAUCUUUAUUUGCCAUGGUUAUGCCAUGGAAUGCAGCAUCACCAUGAAUAGCACCGCUAUUCGCCUUGCAAAGGCAGGUUUUGCAGUGUAUGGUGUAGAUUAUGAAGGCCAUGGAAAAUCAGCCGGUUUACAAGGCUAUGUAGAAAACAUGGAUCAUGUCAUCAAUGAUUGCUCAAGUCAUUUUACAAGCAUAUGUGAGAAGCAAGAGAACAAGGGGAGGAUGAGAUAUCUGUUAGGAGAAUCCCUGGGUGGAGCAGUUGCUUUGCUCCUCCACAGAAAGAAGCCAGAUUUUUGGGACGGUGCAGUCUUGGUGGCACCCAUGUGUAAGAUUGCAGAUGAUGUGAGGCCACCUCAAAUGGUAAUUAGUAUUUUAAGAAAGCUUUGCAGUGUCAUUCCAACUUGGAAAAUAAUCCCAACUAAGGAUAUCGUGGAUGCUGCCUUUAAACUACCUGAAGUAAGGCAGCAGAUUAGAGAGAACCAAUAUUGCUACAACGGGAAACCUCGCUUGAAUACCGGCCAUGAACUUCUAAGAAUUAGCUUGGAUCUUGAGCAGAGGCUUGAAGAAGUGUCAUUGCCAUUUCUAGUUCUGCACGGUGAAGAAGAUAAAGUGACAGAUAAAUCUGUAAGCGAGAAACUCUUCAGUGUGGCUUCAAGUUCAGACAAGACCAUUAAGCUGUAUCCUGAGAUGUGGCACGGUCUACUCUAUGGAGAACCAGUAGAAAACCGCGACAUUGUUUUUGGAGACAUUAUCGACUGGUUAGGGAACAGAACUCAUCUUGGAAAUACCAGAUUGGAGAUGGAGCAAAAACGUAUGAAUGAUGCUCCUUCCAAGUCUAAAUAAGAGCAAGAAAUUCAGUGGUGAUGAUGAUGAUCUUCUCCUGGGAAAGAUUUUAUUCUUCAAUUUGACGAGUGCUCGGUCGAGUUUCAGUUACAAAAAUGAGCAAAGACAAAAAUAAAAAGAAGAAGACAGCCUAAGUGAUGGCAUGAGAUACAUCAAUAGUCGCUGUUGGACUGGACAGUUCCACCUAAAGUUAACUUAAGACUAUGAGAUAAGGACAUUUUAACUACAUAAAAAUAAAAUGGCUUCUGAUUAUGCUUAA